GUUUGGAGUCUGGAAGAGGCGGGGAGCCGCGUCGCCUUAUGGCAUGGGAGCCUGCCGCCAAUGCAGAGCAUUUUCUCCUGGGCCUCUUCAAGAAGCGCUCAGAGAAGAAACGCGAAGCCAUGAGAUUUCUCUAUGACCUGGAGACCAACAUCCAGGCCUAUGGCGGCAAAGUCUGCCUGAGGACCGACCAGCCGGACCUCUGGGACAUUAUGGAUGGCAGGGACCACCACGAGGAGCCAAACCAUUUGAACCCGGCCAUCUUCGAUUUCGACAGCAUCCUGCUCGCGGGCUUCAAGGAUUUGGAAGCCGUCCAUUGCUGGUGGGCCUCGGAUCAGGUUUUCGAGCUGCUCAAGGACAGAAGCUCAAUGGAGAAGAUGAGCCUGCACACCAUGGACGGCCUGGCAGAAGCCUUCCAGGGCUCCAAAAAGAGAGUUGCCAUGGGAGACAAGCUCAUGCUUUUGGAGAUUGCCAAAGCAGAAGCCUUCCAGCCGAUGCAGCGCUAUGUGGACACGUACAAGGGCAUGGCUGUGAAGGCCCCAAAGGA